CGGCCCAAAACUUGGAUCCAGUCGUCAUAGGUGUAGCACAGGCACACAGCAGAAAAACGAGCCCACCAAAUAUUGAAGAACUUACCAGAACCGUGUGUUUCUUCUGGAAUAUCAGGAACCGUCUCUCUUUCUCCAGCCCCAGCGAACCUCCGACCAAUUUUUUUUUUUUUGGGUAAUACGUUGGCGGGAUUGGGAACGACGUAUCAUUCCUUAUCAGCAUAAAGCGAGUUCAGCAUCCCUUGGAUACAAAAUUGGAAGAAACAAUUACCAUGGCAUCCAAAUCCUUGGCGGCAGCUGCGCAGAAUAUAGGUCCCGCCAUGAGGCGGCAGGCCGUGACGUUAACCGACGCGGCGGCGUCGAGGAUACGCCAGCUGUUGCAGCAACGACAAAGGCCUUUCCUCCGGCUAGGCGUCAAGGCUCGCGGAUGCAACGGCUUAUCCUACACGCUCAAUUACGCAGAUGAGAAAGGGAAGUUCGAUGAGUUAAUCGAAGAGAAGGGUGUGAAGGUACUGAUUGAACCCAAGGCUCUCAUGCACGUGAUAGGAACCAAGAUGGAUUUUGUUGACGACAAACUCAGGUCAGAGUUCGUAUUCAUCAAUCCAAACUCUCAAGGCCAGUGUGGUUGUGGCGAGUCUUUCAUGACGACUUCCACCACUGCUAAACCACAAGGUAGCAGCAACAGCAGCCGAUAGGAGCGCUGAUAGCUGUUUGUUGGCUUACUGACAGAUUGCAUCAUCUGUAAACUUGUGGCAAAUGUUGGGGUGGGGCGUUUCUACUCUACCCCUGUUGAUAUUAAUAAUUGUUCGACACAUGUAAAGGCAAGUAAUGGUUCGGCUUUGUAAGAUUUAUCUUGCACCGUUUCUGACCUCCGACCUGAGAUUAUACAUGCUUGUUCGUGUUCCAGCGUCUCCUUGACACGCUUUCACGUAGCCUUGCCAAAGAACUGUAUAUGAAAGCUGCUGUAAACUGAAACUUUUCCUUCGAGUGCUCGGCCAGGCCUCACAUUUGAAAGAGCAAGCAGUUUCACUAUUAGCAGAUUCUACUUCGUCUUGAGCAAGUUUUAUGGGUGUUUUGAGCGAACAUCACUCAGACUCGUGCCCGCUGGGAAGAUUAACAAGGAUAUGCAACUCAAUUUUACCCUGCUAUGCUUUCUAAUUAUCGACCAACUAUAUUCGAAAUCACUGUUCAGUAAACUAUCUUCGUCUUGUCCACUAAUCACUA